AUGGUGGCCAUGCCUCCUUUACCGAUGCGGGUGUUUAUAUUUGGGCCCCAUUUUCUGUCAUUCGAUAUGGAUCAGUACCUUCAACUCAGAUCGGUACUUCGGGAGCACAGCAAGUACAGCUGGAUCCUUGAAACACUGAGAGAAUUGCCGGAAUGGUGGGCGAAAGCCUCCGCAGCAUUGCCCAUUCUGCAGGACCAGGGAGGCUCGCAGCUCCUGACUGCUUGGGCUGACGACUUCAACCAUUCCAACCCGCCUUCGCCAGCACCAGAUUUGGGAUUCCCUUUACCAAACAUAAUUCUCACACCGAUCGUGGCCAUUUCACAGCUGGUGCAGUACCAGCAAUACUGCGAGCAGCAGCCUCACGCCCGCACGUCCGCGUCAGGGGGCAGGUUCGAAACAGUGGGCUUCUGUUCCGGUACGCUCGCGGCAAUCGCCGUUGCCUCGUCCCCAUCUGUCUCCCAGUUGGACCGGUACGGCAGAGUUGCUAUUCGGCUAGCCAUGCUGAUCGGAGCCAUGGUGGAUGCAGUCGAUAACACGUCGGCGCUGGGGGGCGCUGUUUCUUACUCGGUCAGCUGGAAUCACCCACGGCUGAGGGAGCACAUUGAUCGGACUAUCCACGAUCACCCGUCCGGGUACCUGUCGGUCUUUUAUGAUGAGAGGCGGGCGACUCUUACUCUGGCACGUCGUGACGCUGAAACCGUUGUCCGGGAGCUCGAGGGCAUAGCGGGUAUCACCCUCACGGCGAUCGGUUUGAAGGGCCGGUUUCACAGCAAUGAGUACAACGCUGAUUGGAUGGAAUCUAUCCAUCGCUUCUGCGACAGCCAUCCCGAAUUUCAGUUCCCAGAUGCAUCAAAGAUGGCCUGGAGGGUCCGUUUCGGCGUCGACUCGGGAAAUCAGCCGACAUCUUCUUCUCAGUACCUGCAUCGUGCAGCCAUCGAGGAGAUCCUCCUCCACCGGUGCUAUUGGUACCAGCUGGUGCAGCAGCUGCUCACAGAGCUAGCCGAUUCGCCUUUUACUCUGGUCGUUCUCGGAUCAGACCGCUGUCUGCCCCCCUCCCUAAUGCCCUAUUUGAGGUCACUGGUCGAGUUUGCUCCGGCUGUGGGAGUAAGCGGAGUAGUAGAUGCUCAUCUCCAAUCGUCGCCGCGCCCCUUACAGGACACCGAUGUCGCGGUCAUCGGCAUGGCAUGCAAAUUGCCAGGAGCCAACGACCUCGGGGAGUUCUGGAAAUUGCUCUGCAAGCCCCGGUCUCAGCACCGAGAAGUGCCACAGGAGCGCAUGGACAUGGCUGUGUUUAAAUGGCGAGACUCCCCCAGCAGCACCGAGUGGAAAUGGUACGGCAACUUUAUUGACGACUACGACGCCUUUGACCAUCGAUUCUUCAAGAAAAGCCCUAGGGAAGCCGCCUCGAUGGAUCCCCAGCAGCGUUUGAUGCUACAGACGGCCUACCAGGCCGUCGCGCAGGCAGGCCAUUUUGUACAGGAUCCAUCCCGGCGUACGCGCCGCGUGGGCUGCUAUAUCGGGGUCAGCAAUGUCGACUAUGAGAACCACGUCGCUUGUCACCCGGCAAAUGCGUAUUCAGCUACAGGGACACUCAAGAGCUUCGUGGCCGGCAAGGUGAGCCAUUUCUUUGGCUGGACUGGGCCCUCCUUGACGAUCGACACAGCCUGCUCUGGUGCAGCUGUGGCACUACACCAAGCAUGCCAGGGUCUGCUCACGGGCGACUGUGAUGAGGCUCUGGCAGGAGGCGUCAACAUUCUGGCCAGUCCGCUGUGGUUCCAGAACCUCGCGGGGGCGUCCUUUCUUAGCCCGACAGGCGCAUGCAAGCCUUUCGACGCCAGCGCCGACGGAUACUGUCGAGGAGAAGGAUGCGGAGCUGUUUACCUAAAACGGGCCAAAGCAGCGCUGGCCGAUGGGGAUCCUAUCAUCGGUAUCAUCCCCGGCACGGCAGUCCAGCAGAACGAAAACUGUACGCCCAUCACGGUCCCAAACUCGGUCUCCCUUACCGACCUCUUCCGGCGCGUGUUGGACAAGUCUCAGCUCUCCCCAGACCAGAUCUCAGUUGUGGAAGCGCAUGGGACAGGCACAGCGGUGGGAGAUCCGGCGGAGUACACCAGUAUUCAACAGGUACUAGGCGGUCCAAAGCGCCCAAGGCAUAACCCGGUCAACCUAGGGUCGGUCAAGGGUCUCGUGGGACAUCUGGAGUGUGCUUCGGGUAUUGUCUCCGUGCUGAAGAUUCUCCUGAUGCUAAAAGCCAGAACGAUCCCUCCGCAUGUCGGGCUUGAAACCAUCAAUCCCGAGCUUGCGGCCAACUCAGAGAGCCAGAUUGAGAUCCCCUUGUCGUUGAGACCUUGGCAGGCACCGUUCCGCGCUGCGCUGAUCAACAAUUAUGGCGCGUCCGGGUCCAAUGCCUCUUUGGUCGUGAUGGAUGCGGCCGGCUACUACGAUCAACCGCGUGCAAACGACAGUUCUUCUCUGAAGAGGAUUCCUUUCUACAUCUCCGCCCUCGAUGACCGCGCGCUGCAGGCUUACUGUGCCAAAUUCCUUUCCUACAUCGCUUCCUGCCGGCGCUCCGUCUCACUUGACGCGCUGGCAUUCAAUUUGUCCCGCCAGUCUAACCGAGAUUUGGGCUGCGUUCUCACCUUGGGUUGCACCAGUAUCGAAGAUUUGGAAAAACAGCUACGCGAGGUCCAGGCAGGACGACGAGCGUGGCGCUCGCGGGUGCCGCAACGGCCAGUUAUUCUCUGCUUUGGAGGGCAAACCUCCACCUUUGUCGGCCUCAACCGGGAUGUCUUUAUCAGCAACCCCCUCCUACGGAUGCACCUGGACGAGUGCGACCGGAUGUGUAGGUCGAUGGCACUGGACGGAAUCUAUCCCGAGAUCUUCCAAAAGAGCCCAAUCGAAGACGUGGUAAAGCUCCAGCUCGCGCUUUUUGCCCUGCAGUAUGCCUGCGCGGCAACCUGGAUCGACUGUGGCGCUCCCGUGGCAGCAGUGGUGGGCCACAGCUUUGGCGAGCUCACCGCGCUCUGUAUCGCAGGCGUGUUGUCUUUGGAAGACACCGUCCGACUGAUUGCUGGUCGGGCCGGUCUGGUACGAGACUCCUGGGGCAAGGAUCGUGGUGGCAUGAUAGCCGCAGAAGGCGAUCUACCAGUCAUAAAAAGCCUGCUGGAGUGUGCUAAUCAUCGGUGCGGCUUCCCGGAAGGAGCCGGAGCCAGCAUUGCCUGUGUAAAUGGCCCCAGAAGCUUCACUCUAGCCGGCCCAACUAAAGCUAUGGAUGCGAUUGAGGCAAUCGUCUCGGAACCAGCAGAGCAGCCCCAGUUGGGCGCGCUACGAAUGAAGCGACUAAAUGUCAGCAAUGCCUUUCAUUCCACUUUAGUGCAGCCCCUCACUCGUGAUCUCGAACUCCUCGGUCAGUCAUUGUCAUUCUAUCCAGCGCGAAUUCGAGUUGAGAGGUCUACUGAGUGCGCGUCUCCACCGCCGUCUACUGGACGCUACGUGGCCGACCAUAUGCGCAAUCCCGUCUACUUCCACCAGGCCGUGCAGAGGCUCGCUCACGAGUAUCCUUCGGCAAUCUGGCUGGAGGCGGGAUCAAAUUCGACCAUCACAAACAUGGCAUCGCGUGCACUGGACAACCCAGCCUCCUCUCAUUUCCAGCCCGUCAACCUCACCAAUGACUCGUCCUCGGUCACUUUCGCCGACGUUUUCAUCAAACUGUGGGAUCAGGGGCUGAGCUUCGUGUCUUUCUGGCCGCAUCAUCCGUCACAAGGUCACCGAUAUGAGAUGCUCCUGCUCCCUCCUUACCAGUUUGAACUAUUCCGUCACCUGCUGCCCAUGACGCCACGAGAGGAACAGGAUGUACAGGGUAAGGUCGGCUCGGCAUCGUCCACGAAGCCCGGCUCGGAGCAAGACCUAUGGUCAUUUGUCGGCAGCCAUAAUGCACAGUCCCGCUUCCAGAUCCACAUGGACAACUCCAAGAUUCAAGAAUAUGUGACAGGGCACACAGUGGCCGGCUCGGCGCCCUUGUGCCCAAGUACCUUGCAGCUAGAACUCGCUAUUGAGACCAUCAGCAGUCUUCAACCUCGCUUGAUGCAGCUGCAGCUGCAGCCUCAGCUACGGGGACUGGACAAUCAUAACCCUUUAUGCAUGGAUCCAACUCGAAAAGUGUGGUUGGAUGCCGAGGCGCAGGAUACGGACGGUUACGUGUGGAACUGGAAAAUGACCAGCGAGUCGACCAGGACAGGACUCUCGAACGAUAGAACCCUGCACGUGUCCGGACAAAUCGUCUUUGUCUCAACGGAAGAUGAGCAAUUACAGGCUCAGUUUAGCCGCUUCGAGCGUCUUGUGGACUACAAACAGUGCUUGGCUCUGCUCCAUAAUGACGAGGCCGACGACGCUAUUCUCGGCCCGCGGAACAUCUACAAAGCUUUCUCCGAAGUGGUCGACUACGGCGAGGUCUACCGAGGAGUACACAAAGUAGUCGGCCAGGCAAAUCGCUCCGCUGGUCGGGUCGUCAAGAAAUAUACGGGAAGCACUUGGCUUGACGGUCCCCUGUGUGAUUCCUUCUGUCAGGUGGCGGGGAUCUUUGUAAAUUGCAUGACUGACAAAGCAGCCAACGAGAUUCGCAUAUCAAACCGCAUCGAGCAGCUGAUCCGGCGACCCCAGCGAGCAGCCUCCUCGACGCCAGAUGAGUUCCACGUCCUUGCAGUUCACAGUCGUCCGUCGGACCGCGUCUUCCUCAGCGAUGUCUUCGUGUUCAACCCAGAGAACGGGGACCUCCUUGGUGUCAUUCUAGGAAUUAGAUAUCAGGCGGUCAAUCGAAUUGCCUUGGGCAAGGCGCUGCUGAGACUGACCCCCGGCAUGACCCACCAGGCUACUGACCAAUCCGCACUUCCUUUGCCACAGGCCACGGCCACGACGCCCAUGGUGCAUGACGCCGUGCCCAUCUCGCUAAACCAGCCAUGCAGUCAAAAGAAGACUGCUGAAUCCCAGCAUCAGAGUGUCUCGGACAGGCUCCUGAUGCUGCUCUCUAACGUAACCGGGGUUGAUGCAACGGCAAUCAGGCCGGACACCGCGUUGGCCGAUCUGGGGAUUGACUCGCUCAUGUGCAUGGAGCUCGCCAGGGAUAUCGGUGCAGCCUUUCAGUGCGAGCUUAAACCUGCACGGCUGAUGGAGCUGGUCAGCUUCUCCAGUCUUCUUGAUCUUCUUGACGGCCAGAACUCCAGCGACGAGGAUGGAGAACCCGAUCGACUGAGUGACGACUCCCAAGAUAUUAAUCCGCUGUAUCGAACAGCGGCAACAACUCCAGACGAGUCCGAUACUGAGGUUCAAUCAGCCUUGCAGUCUCACCAUGCGGCCAAGAUGAUCGCCCACCGUCAGUCCGUUAUAGAGGAGUAUGUUGCCCAAUACACGAAAGACCUUACUGCUCCGCUGCCCUCACUGCCGCUCUCUCCUGCUUCAAGUUCCUGCACUGACCAGUCCACUGUUCUCGUGACAGGAGCUACAGGUAGCCUUGGAUCGCAUCUAGUGGCUCAUCUUCUGCGCAUACCGACCGUCAGCAAGGUGAUCUGUCUCAACCGCCGCAGUGGGAUGCCAGCCGAAAAUCGCCAGCAGCACGCCUUCCACUCGCGGAACAUCCCUGUUGAUCCGGCUAGCGCUUCCAAACUAUACGUUUACGAGACUGACACUAGUCAACACAUGCUAGGCCUCGCCGCGGAUGAGUACGAGCGCCUGCUGUCGACUGUCACCCACGUUGUCCACAAUGCUUGGCCCAUGACCAUCGCACGCCCCGUGCAGGGAUUCGAAGCCCAAUUUCGCACCUGGCGCAACAUGAUCGAACUAGUACGCAAUGCCACCAUUCGGCAAAGCACACCCCGUCCGAUUAGCAUCCAAUUCAUCUCGUCCAUUGCCACUGUCGGAAUGUACCCGCUCCACAAGGGUGACACGGUGGUCCCUGAAACCCACAUGACGGUCGAGUCGACCUUGGCCUCUGGGUACGGCGACGCCAAGCUCAUCUGCGAGAAAAUGCUGGAGAACACGCUGCAGCGAUUUCCGACUCAGUUCCGGGCGAGCGUAGUGCGGCUAGGACAGGUCGCCGGCUCCAGUGUCACUGGCUACUGGAACCCAGUGGAGCAUCUGGCAUUCCUGUUCAAGAGCGCGAAGACCUUGAACAUUCUACCUAAUCUUCCAGGGGAGCUGUCCUGGUGCCCGGUCAACGAGGCCGCUGCCAUUCUUACCGACCUCCUCCUCUGUCCCGACCCUGUGCCCCCCGUCUUCCAUGUUGAAAAUCCGGUCCGUCAACCGUGGGCGGACAUGAUCGCUGCUUUGGCGAGGGAGUUGGACAUUCGUAUAGGAAAUAUUGUUCCCUUUGAGGAUUGGUUGAACCGUAUGCGCAACUUCGUCGGAGACGAAGCGGCGAAUCCCGCGAAACGAGUAGACGACUUUUUGGAGGAGCACUUUGUCCGCAUGGCGUGUGGAGGAGUGGUUCUCGAUACCCAGCAGACAGCCAGACUUUCGGCACGAUUCAGGGCGUUGAAAGCGGUAGAUCCCGGCAUGGUCAAGCUGUUCGUCGAGUAUUGGCGCAAAACUGGAUUUAUGAACUAG